UAACGUACCACGACUUUUUCGAUCAGAAUCAAAUACCUGAUUUAUGUCGAUUUUCAUAUUAUAUAAGUUUGAUUUGCUGAUAAAAUGCAAAUGAACAUAAGAUAUGUAUUUUUCUUAAAAACCUAGUGGUCGAACGAAGACUUUUAAUAAUAAAAUAUGUUUUAGUUCGACCGGAUAUGAAUACGAAUGCUUGACGGAAGUCACAAGAUCACGUGAGAGACAAAAUGUCGUAUUGACUUUUCCGCAAUAAUAAUCAGCAAGCGAUUUAAUUAAAUUGCAAACCGUUGUCGGAUAUAAGCGCACUUAUUGGUAGAUUGAAUGCUCAAAGAUGGCCGAGUUCUGGUUGAUAUCUGCCCCCGGAGACAAGACUUGUCAACAAACAUUUGACAAGCUCAACAAUGCUACAGCUAAAAACAAUGUCCUGUCUACAAACUACAAAUUCAGUCUCCCAGACCUCAAGGUUGGAACUUUAGACACUUUGGUUGGGCUGUCAGAUGACCUUGGAAAACUUGAUAUAUAUUGUGAGAGCAUAACAAAGAAAGUGGCUGGGUACUUGGGAGAGGUUUUAGAUGAUCAGAGGGACAAGCUUCAGGAAAACCUUAUCGCCAAUGGAGUGGACUUGAACACAUACCUGACUCGUUUUCAAUGGGACCUAGCUAAGUACCCAAUCAAACAAUCUUUGAGAAACAUCACAGAAAUAAUCUCAAAGCAAGUGUCCCAGAUUGAGGCCGACCUAAGGGUGAAGUCCACAGCCUACAACAACUUGAAAGGCAGUCUACAGAACUUGGAGAGGAAGGCUACUGGCAACCUGAUCACUCGUUACCUGGGUGACAUUGUAAAAAAGGAGCACUUUGUACUGGACUCUGAAUACCUCGUUACGCUUCUGGUUGUUGUUCAAAAGUCUUUUCUCCAUGAUUGGAAGGGCAAGUACGAAAGCCUGACUGACAUGAUUGUACCACGCUCCUCAAAUACUAUUUAUGAAGAUGAGGAGAACUGCCUGUGCACUGUCACAAUGUUUAGAAGAGUGGAGGACGAAUUCAGACAGAAAUGUCGUGAAAACAAGUUUGUAGUUCGAGACUUCACAUACAAUGCUGAUGAACUGGAGGCUGGCAAGAAUGAAAUAAAAAAGCUAGAUGCCGAUAAGAAGAAACAGUUUGGUCCACUUGUCAAAUGGCUGAAGGUGAACUUCGGAGAAUGCUUCACUGCUUGGGUCCAUACGAAAGCUCUCCGAGUGUUUGUGGAAAGUGUUCUAAGAUAUGGUCUACCAGUGAAUUUCCAAGCAAUGCUGCUGUUGCCGCAAAAGAAGAAUCAUAGACGACUACGAGAGGAACUGAACAGACUGUAUGAGCACCUUGACAACACUGCCAUGGCAGGCAUGGAUGCUGGUAAUGUUGAAAUCCCCGGACUAAUGGGAAUGGGAGUAGACUACUAUCCAUACGUGUUCUAUAAAAUAGACCUAGAGCUGGUGGACUCAACAGCAAUGCGGCGUUGAAAAACAUGACAUUAGGACUGAAUAUGUAUCUAUUAGGUGUCAAUGCAUUUUCAUGGUGGUACAGUUGUAUACAUUGUGUACUUUUCCACAUUUUUGUAUUGUUAUUCAGAAAUAAAUAAAUAUAACAUCACUUUUGAGAAAUGACAAUAUAAGCUUAAAUAAUUACAUACUGCAGAUUUUCUAGUACAAGGAAAAGACAUUUUUGGUACAUAUCUGUGAAUAUAGCAAACACUUAAGGAAAAAAUCCCAUAGUUUUAAUUGGAUGUCAACAGAUUUACUGCAUGGACGUCCAUUUUAAAUUGUUACUUAUGAACAUUUAAUUCAGUUAAUAUGACUACAUUAAUUAUUUAAACAAGAGGCGUUUGUACAUAACAAACCAUUUUAUAUUGCUGUUAUAGUGUUUGGCAUUAUAUUUUACCAGCUUAGGCAUGUAUUUAUUACUGUAAAUAAAUAUAAAAUGCUGUAAUAACAUAUUUUACAUCAGCAUUUUCAAGUUUUUAGUAUAAUAUAAACACAUAUGCCCCCAGAGGAAGCAUUGUCAAUAUAUAAGUUUGAUAUGUUUAUAUAGACAGGAGUUUUUAAGAAGGAAAUUAAGUUAAUUACAUUUCAAAUUUAUCUGUUGAAUACAGAGAUUCAAUUGUGUUUAUAAUUCUGGAUUUUUAGACAUUUCAAAGCAGUUUACAAUCAGUUGUUCUAUUAUAGCCUUUAUUUUUCUUUUGAUAAAUUUGCUGUGACUGGUCACUUUAUAAUACAUUUUUUUAACAGUAUUGAAUUGGAUAAAUAUUACUAUAGCAAUUCUUACCAGUAUAAAGUUUAUGUCUUCUCUUGAUUUCUUUGAUACAUAAAUAGUUUAAUAGAACGUCCGCUAAUACUUUGUAUAAUCUAGUCAAACAGACCGAUGUAUUGGGUCAGUUAUUUGCGGGGAGAGGAUUGAUUCCAAAGGCGAAUUUUACAUUUGAAAUAAAAUAUGUCCAAAAGGGACAUAUCUAGUUUAAGCUACAUGCAGUUCAUGCUUGGUGAUACAAAACACUUCGCAACAUAAUUAACUGAAACAAUAUUUAAGCAUUCCAAAUUUUCUUCAUUUAUUCUACAUAAAUAUGUGUUGUAGAUAGUGUUAGACUUAUUGUUAAUAAAUACUUUUUGAAAUGUUUAACCUUGUUAACUUUGUAAUCAAGAUUGUUUCUGUGAUGAAUAUUCAUGCUUUUUGUGAAGUUAUUAUUUAGAAUGCAAUUUUUAAUUGUUCAGAUAUCCCUGAGUAUAGUUUUAAAUAUGUACAGAAUAGAAACCAUGAAAAUAUAAGCGUUUUUAAGUGUUUUCUGGAUAUGUGCACACAUGUUCUACCAAAAUAUACUUUGGUUGGAUCUUUAACUCUUGCGCUGAUUUCAUCAUCAACAGCGCCAAACAACUAGAAAAGGUCUGCUAGUUGUGUUUGUUUUCAUGUGUGGAGCAUGACUCCCUUAGUUUAAAAGUGACUCAAAAUACAACAACAUGUAUUGAUGAACAGAAUAUUCAGAGAAAGGGAAAAAUAAAAGGAACAUUACCAUUGUUUGCAUUUUUUAGUUUGAACAGAAUAUUCAGAGAAAGGGAAAAAUAAAAGGAACAUUACCAUU